CUUUCAGACAAACGGUAACUUCAAAGGCUCACUAGAAUUUUAAUAUUUAUUUUCAACUAUCAAAACGCGUUUUUGUUAGUAAUUAGUACUUUUAAGAAGAAAUGAUUUUAAAUAUAUCGAAUUUACUUCAAACAAAACCAAAACAAUGAAAUGAAAGCCGUAAAGUAAAGAGCAAAGAGAAUAGGAAUAUAAUUAAUAAAUAGUGACAGUGACAGAUAUCACUGACAUAGCCUAUCAGAAACAUCACAAACUUUACUUCAUCGACAUGGUUGUGGGAACAUGUGGGCCAUUUCUGUCGGAUCGUGUAAAUCUAAUUUAUGUUUCUAGCUCACAUACCUGUCAAACGCUACGCUUGGGAAAAGAUAAGCUUUUGUCUAUGCUUACAGAAGUCCAAAUGAAGUGUGCGAAAGAGAAGCCAUCACGUAUAUGAACAUCCCAUGAGUGCGAAAGAGGCAGAUUACAUGUGAGAAAACGUAACCAUUUUUGAGUUAGAAGAUGGUUAGAAGCAAAGAGCAUAUAACACUACGUUUACUCUUUGGUUUCAACACAGUGGGCUGUCAGUGUCAAAUUGACAUGUAUUGGUCAAGUACAUUUACAUUGUUCUAGUUGCAAACGAAACUAUUUUGUGUUAUAAACACAUAUCAGUUCACAUUAUUUGUUAAUAUAAUUACUAAUUACUCUUUCAUGUGUUACCAAUUAAUUCGGCCUAUCAGUGUUUUGUGGUUGUACGAGUUUCCAAGUGUAAAUUCCAGACAUUUCAUGGUUUAGUGUUCGUACUGUUCGUGAUUCAUAAAUAUAAUAAGUAUCCAGGAUGCAUCUUGGUGUAAAUUUGUCCAAUGCUCUUCAGCAAUUGGAAAGUGUGAAAGCUGCUGUGGAUCAAAGUGAUGAUCCGAAACUGAAGGCUGCUACCAAUGAUGACCUGAGCAUGUUGAUUAGUUUGCUGGAGAGUCCGAUCCUGAAGAGCAUAGCUACACUUCAGGACUCUGUUGGCAUGCUGGCUACGCAAGUGGCUCAUCAUCCUUCGAUUCUGCCUGGUGACUUUGAUAUUACUCCUGCAGGUGAACUUGCUCUCCAAGCUCGAAACUUGUAUGGCGCGGAAGGCGAGGAAGAACAGCGAGUCCCGCAGGUGUCUCCCCCGCACUGUCUCGACUUUGGCUCGAGCUCGGACAACGAGCGAGUGCUCGGGCUCGACUCUGCCUCAAUCGACUCUAACAUGUCACCUAAACAGAGUCACGGCAUCCUCGAUAUGUCCAGAAACGACGAUUCUCUGGCGUCUGCCUCUCCUAACAUAGUUGCGGGCGACUGGGCGCAAGUGGAGGUCAUAAACCUAGUCAACGACGGAACUGGUCUUGGAUUCGGUAUAAUUGGGGCAAGGACCAGUGGCGUAAUUGUCAAGACCAUCUUGGCGGGUGGCGUUGCGGACCGCGACGGGCGCCUCAAGUCUGGAGAUCACAUUCUACAAAUAGGAGACGCUCAUUUGGUGGAAAUGGGUUCCGAGCAGGUUGCGGGCGUGCUCCGAGCAUCCGGUUCACGAGUCCGCUUGGUGGUAGCCCGCGCCGUCGACCCGGCCCUAGCGCCGCCCGCGGCCGCGCCGCUCGUCCCCGCUAGGCUCCUGUCGGACCCGGAGGCGCUGGACCGGUAUCUGCUGGAAACCGGUUUCGAGCAGGUGUUCCACACCCAGCCGGUGCACCAUCCGCCCGCUUCUCGGUUCGUGUUUGAUAGCGCGGUGUCACCGCCUCCAGAAACAGAUGCUGAAUCACCAGAGGUCGACAGAUUUACGGUGCAGCUGAAGAAGGAUGAGAAUGGACUGGGAAUAACUAUAGCAGGUUACGUGUGCGAAAAAGAGGAGCUAUCGGGUAUCUUCGUCAAGUCGGUGUCCCCGGGCAGCGCGGCGGCGUUGAGCGGUCGGGUGCGAGUCAACGAUCGCAUCGUGGCCGUCGAUGGCGCGUCGCUGGCCGGCAAGUCCAACCAGCGCGCCGUCGACGCGCUCAAACAGAGCGGGAAUCUCGUCACACUCGAGCUGGAGAGAUACCUGCGCGGGCCCAAAUAUGAGCAGCUACAGCAAGCCAUAGCGGCUGGCGAGAGUGCUGGCGCGGCGACCGUCGCGCACAACCCGUUCCUGCACAUGCACCGGCCAGAACCGGCGCACCACGACAUACAGAUGACGACUUUGCACAACCUAGAAUCCACCGUGGAGGAUCCGGUGCCGUCGCCGCCGCGCAGCCCGCCCGGAGCGCGCGUGCAGCCCGCGUUUGAGAUGCCGCGCACCGCUGAACAGAAGGAGGCUAUUAGGAGGAAGUGGCAGUCCAUAUUAGGUGAAGACGUGGAAAUCGUAGUGGGAGUAGUGAUGCGCGGCGGCGGCGGCCUCGGCAUCUCGCUGGAGGGCACCGUGGACGUGGAGGGCGGCCGGGAGGUGCGGCCGCACCACUACGUGCGCUCCGUGCUGCCCGAGGGGCCCGUGGGCCGCGCCGGCGUGCACCGCCCCGGCGACGAGCUGCUCGAGGUGAACGGGCACCGGCUGCUGGGCAUGAACCACCUGGAGGUGGUGUCGAUCCUGAAGGAGCUGUCGAGCGAGGUGUGCAUGGUGUGCGCGCGGCCGCGCCCGCCGCCCGCGCCCGCGCCGCCGCUGGACCUGGCGCCGCCCGCGGCCACGCUCGUCAAGGCUAAAUCCGACGGCAGCCUGGCGGGCGCGGGCGCCGAGGAAGGCGGCUCGCUGUCGGGCGGGAAGGUGCGCUCGCGCAGCCUGGAGCCGCUCACCGGGCUCGCCAUGUGGUCCUCCGAGCCGCAGAUUAUAGAACUGCUGAAAGGCGAGCGCGGCCUCGGCUUCUCAAUCCUGGACUACCAGGACCCGCUGCGGCCCGCGCACACGCUCGUGGUGAUCCGCUCGCUCGUGCCGGGCGGCGUGGCGCAGCAGGACGGCCGGCUCAUCCCCGGCGACCGGCUGCUGUUCGUCAACGACCAGAACCUCGAGGACGCGAGCCUGGAGCAGGCGGUGGCGGCGCUGAAGGGCGCGCCGCGCGGCGUGGUGCGCAUCGGCGUGGCCAAGCCGCUGCCGCUCGUCGACGCGCCGCCGCCGCUGCCCGCCUCCGCGCCGCCCCGCCGCGACUGAGCGUGAGUGCGCCUACAUCGGCGUGGCCAAGCCGCUGCCGCUCGUCGACGUGCCGCCGCCGCUGCCCGCCUCCGCGCCGCCCCGCCGCGACUGAGCGUGAGUGCGCCUACAUCGGCGUGGCCAAGCCGCUGCCGCUCGUCGACGUGCCGCCGCCGCUGCCCGCCUCCGCGCCGCCCCGCCGCGACUGAGCGUGAGUGCGCCUACAUCGGCGUGGCCAAGCCGCUGCCGCUCGUCGACGUGCCGCCGCCGCUGCCCGCCUCCGCGCCGCCCCGCCGCGACUGAGCGUGAGUGCGCCUACAUCGGCGUGGCCAAGCCGCUGCCGCUCGUCGACGUGCCGCCGCCGCUGCCCGCCUCCGCGCCGCCCCGCCGCGACUGAGCGUGAGUGCGCCUACAUCGGCGUGGCCAAGCCGCUGCCGCUCGUCGACGUGCCGCCGCCGCUGCCCGCCUCCGCGCCGCCCCGCCGCGACUGAGCGUGAGUGCGCCUACAUCGGCGUGGCCAAGCCGCUGCCGCUCGUCGACGUGCCGCCGCCGCUGCCCGCCUCCGCGCCGCCCCGCCGCGACUGAGCGUGAGUGCGCCUACAUCGGCGUGGCCAAGCCGCUGCCGCUCGUCGACGUGCCGCCGCCGCUGCCCGCCUCCGCGCCGCCCCGCCGCGACUGAGCGUGAGUGCGCCUACAUCGGCGUGGCCAAGCCGCUGCCGCUCGUCGACGCGCCGCCGCCGCUGCCCGCCUCCGCGCCGCCCCGCCGCGACUGAGCGUGAGUGCGCCUACAUCGGCGUGGCCAAGCCGCUGCCGCUCGUCGACGCGCCGCCGCCGCUGCCCGCCUCCGCGCCGCCCCGCCGCGACUGAGCGUGAGUGCGCCUACAUCGGCGUGGCCAAGCCGCUGCCGCUCGUCGACGCGCCGCCGCCGCUGCCCGCCUCCGCGCCGCCCCGCCGCGACUGAGCGUGAGCGCGUCUUCCCUACACUGGUACCCUAUAUCGCUAUAUUUAAUAUCCUAUACAAAAUAUUCACUGCUUGUAUAAAAUUUGUAGCCUGAAAUAAAUUUGUGCUUAGAAUUUGACAGGUAUUAUAGAUGGCGCCGUUCAGCUCCAUAUAUUCUGUGUUAACUUUAGCUGUCAAAGUUCACAUUUGACAAUUUAGUUCCUACAAAACAGGAGCUGUACGGCGUCAUCAACUUCAGUUGUCAAACUCGGGGCUCAAUUUAUUUAGACUACAAUUUUAUUACAUCUAUUACAACAGAUAACUCUCCCUGUAGCUUUAUCCUCAUUUAACUGACUGAUCAACGUUUCUCAAUUGUGAACUAUGAAACUUUCCAAACAAAUAAUAUUUAGUGAAUAUUUCCAAUGGGGACAGAGGACUGGGAACGAUCGACCCUUUGACUGUUUAUGAGAAGUUUAAUUGUGAUUACGGUCAACCUGAAUUUCUCUCGGCAAGGGAAAGUUCAUACUUCAACUGGAUAUCAUUCUUAAUCAAACCAUCUUCCUUACAAAUCGUCUAAGAUAACCGGCAAAGUUGCAUAUCGUCUAGUAUCACAAUCACUUAUAAAUUAAAGUAAAAACAUAGAUCACAGAUAGCACAGACAACUAAUUUAAUUAAUAAUGUAUUUGUAUUAUUUUAAACAUAGAACAAAAGCAUCUAAACCAGGAAUUUUAACAUAAAGAAAGACUACUAAAUUUAUAAUCCUUCCGUUAGUAACCGGUAAAUAUAUAUGUAAUGAAAUAUUGAAACGAAUUUAAAAUGCUGUGGAAUUAAGGAAGACCUCUCAUGACUGUUCAAAAUGUUUAAUGGUGUUUAAUAUCAUCAGUUUUUGUUACAUACUAAGAUGAAUAUUUAUAUAUUAAAGUACUUAUUAAAAUUAAUUAUUCACUGUAUUUAACUUAUCGAAGGAAUUUAUUAUAUUGUUAACCGUGUUAUUAGUGGAAUUGACGUAUUAAGUAGAUUAACAAAUAGAACCUUGAUGACACAUUCCAAUAUUAUUAUUAAACUUUUCAUGUGACCUGAACUAUACUUGUACUUAAUUAAUUAGGUGAUGAAUUUAUAAUGUCUUUUUUAGUCAAUUACCUUAGUUAUAGACAUUAGCCCUCCAUUAUGUUAGAUAGUAGAAAUUAUACUUAUCCAAGUAUUCCAUUUAUGUUUAUGUUUACAGUAUUAGAAUAUCUGAUAAUAUUUUAGAACAUAUUAAAUUGCAAGAUCAAUAUGGGUAAGUGUGGCAGUCGGAUAAGUGUGGCUGGGGGGCCUGUUUACACAUUCCCCGCUAAACGCAAGUAGCAAGUAGCCAAUCGCGAUAAAUUUAAUCACUGUGUAAACAGGCCCCAAUGAGAAGGCCAGCCACACUUAGCCCUAUGCCGCACUUAACCGUAUUGACCUUAUAUCUGUUUUUGACUACCCUUGUAUUUAUCGAUUGUAUUCAAAUAGUUAUCACACUUAUAUUAAAUUUUAAGCAUAAGUUA